UGUCUGUAUAUCACACCCCCCGCGGUAUAUGCGCCCCAGGAGCGCUUCCGUUCCCGGUACCUGUACCUAGGUAGAGAGAAUUUACACCGCCGUUCAUCAUGCAAUCGUUUCUUCAAUAUCGCCAAUUUGGUAAGCAGCUCGAGGCUCAGAUCGAGAGAAAUCGAGAGCGCACCGCUGAGUUGAGACGCCAGCGGCGCCAAAGAGGCCCGACAUCAGAUACCUCCUCGGACGCUCCUACGCUUGGAGAAGAGGAGGAGGAGGAGGAAUAUCAAGACAAAGACGAACAACUGGAUGAGAAAGAUGAGCGGGGAGAAGGCGAUGCCGGACGCUCUCCAUCAAGAGCGUCGUCGCGCUCGUCCGGUAGGCUGGAAGGCCAGCAGCCUACUCCGUUGGAUAUGGAACCAGCAGGGGAUCUAGAACGGGCAGAUUACGAGGAUCAACUAUCGGGCUCCGGACCUGUCGUCUAUGAUCCAGAAUGGCCAGAGGACCUGCAGACAAUUCCAACUCAUGGGACAAUGGGCACGACACUAGGGUUAUCGUUGACGGGUAUCGAAGUGCGCGAUCGCACCACCAAGGAAGGAGGAGCUGCUGCUGGAAAGGUCUUUGUCGUCGCCUACGAGGGUGAGAAAGACCCCAUGGAUCCUCGAAACUGGAGUUUUGCACGGCGUCUGACAUCCACGCUGGUCAUCUCUCUCAUCGGUGGUGUCGUGGGUUGGGCUUCUUCCAUUGACUCCGCGGCUUUACCGCAGGGAAUGGAGGCAUUCGGCGUCAGCGAUGUCGCAGAGUCAUUGGCGACAGGACUCUUCUUGAUUGGAUUCGGAACAGGUGCUUUGGUCAGUGGACCAUUUUCAGAAACCCUCGGACGAAACCCUGUCUAUAUCGGGACUCUCGCGAUAUACAUGCUGUUCAUCAUGGGUGCCGGCCUCGCUCAAGACUUGGGCACGCAGCUGGUCUGCCGUUUCUUCGCGGGCAUGUUCGGUUCAACGCCUCUGGUUUGCGCCGGGGGCUCACUGUCGGAUAUGUGGACACCCAUCGAGCGCGUAUACGCCUUUCCCAUUUUCGCCUGCUGUGCAUUUGUCGGACCCGUCUGCGGACCGGUUCCUGGAUCCUUCAUCGGCGAGAGUUCUCUCAUCAGCUGGCGCUGGGUGGAAUGGAUCACCCUGAUCUUCUCAGGCCUGGUGCUAGCCAUUGUGGUCUUGACCCAACCCGAGACAUACGGCCCCGUGCUCCUCAAAUGGAAAGCCCAACAUCUUCGAAGAAUCACCGGCGACAAGAGAUAUCGAGCAGCCAUCGAGGUUCGCCAGACGACAUUCAUGCGUCGACUCCUCCAUGCUCUCUACCGUCCUUUCCUCCUCACCAUGCGCGAACCCAUCAUCAUUCUCGUCGCCCUCUACCUCACCGUCAUCUACAUCAUCCUCUUCACCUUCUUGACCGGCUACACCUUCAUCUUCACAGACACCUACGGCUUCUCCCAGGGCCUCACGGGCGUAUGCUUCGUCGGUAUUUCCAUCGGCAUUUUCCUCGGCGGUCUACUCGUCCCAUUCGCCAUGAAGAAACUCAAACAAGACCUCGCUCGCGCCCAGGAACAAGGCCACUCACGCGUCCGACCCGAAGUCCGCCUCUACUUCUCCAUGUGGGGAGCGCCCGCCAUCCCCGUCUCCCUAUUCUGGAUGGGCUGGACCACCCGCCCAGACAUCUCCCCCUGGUCACCACUGGGCGCAUCCGUCCUAUUCGGCUACGGAAUCAUCUGCGUCUUCAUCUCCUGCUACCAAUACGUCAUUGAUAGCUACGAGACGUACGCCGCAAGUGCCCUGGCUGCCGUCACGGUGAUUCGAUACGUAGCUGCGGGAGGGAUGAUCGAGGUGUCGUUGCCGUUUUAUAAAAACUUGGGUGUUGCUUAUACCUUGACUAUUCUGGGAGCGAUUAGUGCGGCCCUGGUUCCUGUGCCGUAUGUUUUCUUUAAGUAUGGAGAACAUAUUAGGAGGAGGAGCAAGUAUGCUGUUGGUGGAAGGAGGUCGAUUGCUUAAUUUUGGAAGUAUAAUAUGAUGAAUACAAUCGGUGAGAAAAGCAUGGCGUUAUUUUUUUUGCAUAUACCAUGAAGGAAUGCUUUCGCAUUUUCACUUUUUUUUUUUCAUGG